AUGUCGUCCAAGGGAAAGAAGAGAAAAAGCGACCGCCGCCUCGACGAGCGAGAUUUAGAUUACUUCGACGACGGGAAGCUACCGCCGGAUCACGUGAGAGAUAACGACGACGACGGGGACGGGGACGCCAAGGAUCUCUUUUACGAGAGCGAGGACGACGUGCUCACCAAGAAAGAGAAGAGAAAAAGAGAGGACGAGGCUGAGCAAUUGGCGCACGAGGAGAACCAUCCUCCUGAAAAGAGAGAGACGGCGGAGGAAAAACGAACGCGUUUAGCGCGCUUAUAUUUAGAGAAGUUACGGAGAGAAGCGGCGUUAGAAGGCGACGACGAGGAGUCGGAUGUAAACGAGGACGAGGACGUGGAUCCGUCCGUGAGAAAGAAGCGGAGAGAUUUAGACAGCCACGACCGGUUGGCGAAUAAACUCGCCAACGAGGCGGCGGAAGCGGCGGGGAGACACUUUCGGGAAAUCGCCGACGGUGUGAAACCGACGAAAACGCCGGUAUUGGGGACGUACUUUUCUAGAAAAGCGCACAAACAAAGCGUGACUGGGGUAUGUUUGAGUUCCGACGACCGAACGGCGUAUAGCGUGAGUAAAGACGGGGCGAUUGUGGAGUGGGACGUGGAAACCGGGAAGCGGACCAAGUAUCCGAGAUGUCCGGUGGUUACGCAGGAAGAGAUGCGGACGAAAGGUGGGGGUGGACCGAUGGCGCCGCCGAGAAGUGGCGCUGGGAUUUUGUUAACCGUAGCAUGUGCGAGCGAGAAGAAUAUCGUCGCGGUAGGUGGUAACGAUAAACGAAUUCACGUGUUUGAUACUAGGAUGAAAAAGUUCGUCACGACGUUCGCCGGCCAUCGAGGCGCGGUGACUGGUUUGACGUUUAGGCACGGUACAGGGCAAAUGUUUUCGUGUUCGGAAGAUAGAACGGUGAAAAUCUGGUCCGUGGACGAUAUGGCGUACGUGGAUACGUUGUUUGGACAUCAAAGCGAGUUGAACGGGAUCGACGCGCACAAGAGAGAGCGAUGCGCGACGGUCAGUUCGGAUCGAACGUUGCGAGCGUGGAAAGUAGCCGAAGAUUCGCAGUUGGUGUUCAGACCGUCCAUAAAUGACGAGAAGAGGACAGAUUACGCCAUGGAGUGCGUGGCCUCGGUGUCGCAUGACCACUGGAUUACUGGCGCCAGAGAUGGCGCCGUAUCAUUGUGGAGCGCGAGUAAGAAGAAGCCGCUGUCGACUUUUUCAAACGUGCACGGAUACGACGAACCCAUCGGGUUACCGAAAAACUGGGAAGAAGAGGACGGAGAAAUUGUUUUAGCCGAUCGAAUGGCCACGCAAGAAUUUUUGAACCUCUCCGUGGAGGAUAGAAAUAGAGGCGGGUGUGGAUAUUUAGCGAGUUCGGUGGUCUCCGCCGCGGUGGGCAGAGGGACAAACUUGUGUGCGACAGGUGCCGGCGAUGGUACGAUUCGUUUGUGGAAAGCAACGCCAGGGGCGAAAGAUACCGCGUUGGAACCGAAACACUCUUUGCCACAAAGAGGCUUCGUGAAUGGAUUAGCCAUUGCUUCGUCUGGGAAGUUUUUGUUAGCCGGCGUCGGGCAAGAGCCGAGACUCGGGAGGUGGGGAAGAGACGCCGGUGCGAAAAAUGGGGUGGUCAUGCAUCGAUUGGAUCACAUCGUCGAAGACGAUUCGGACGACGACGAUGAAGAAGAUAGCGAUGAUGAUUCCAUGGACGACGACGACGAAGAGGACGACUAA